AUGUCUGCCCGACCUUACUCCUCUGAGGGGUCUACUGGAAGCGGCUUUUCGCGUCCAGCCGGUGAGGCUGCUGGUGAUGCUUUCACCAAACGUGAGAAGGCUGCAGAGGAUUUCUACGUUCGUCAGCAGGAGAAAGUAAAACUCCUCCAACUCAAAGAAAAGUUGAAGCAGCAGCGUAAGCAUCUCGAUGAACUGGAUGCUCAUAUUGAUGAGCUCACCAGAGAGCAAGGGGGAGAAAAGAACUAA